GGUACUUGGACACGGGUUUCAACAAUAGGAUGUCGAGACCUUGAAAACAAGAAUUGCUCUCACUCUUCUGACACAGGACUCGACACUCGCUAUGAUGAGGUCUUACGUCUUUCGUGCCUCAAGGGGCACCAUAUGCACCCUACAACCAAGGGCGGGCGCUCGCUGCACCAAACUUGCAUCGAUUGAGCUCCAGCGCCGGGCAUUCAGCAAAGCCACUCGAUAUACCGCUGAAGAAAAGUCUCAAUCUUUCAAACAUCAAUUGUAUGAAAGCACACAGCAGCGUCUAAAGCGGGAGCGCGCUGAGCAAGAGCGUUACUCACAGUAUCAGACUCAGUCCCAGGGCGGUCGCUAUGCAGCUGUAAUGUUUGCGUUGACCUUCUUUUCGAGUGGAGCGUAUUUCUUAGGCUCCUUGAAACCUGCGAGCCUCCCUACGUCAUCGACGACGCCUUUAUUUGAAGCAGAGCCACCGAAACACAACAUCUCCCCCUCAAAUCUCCAGGCUGCAUGGGCAGACUUUGUUGAUAUCUUAGGAAAGGAGAACGUCUCUACGGAACAUGGCGAUUUGGAGGUGCAUUCCGGGUCUGACUGGUCUUCGUAUGCUCGGAAGGAUGAUGAAAAGCCGUUCCUUGUCCUCUAUCCUUCGACUACGGCUGAGGUAUCCCAGAUCAUGAUAGUGUGUCAUCGGCGUCUAAUUCCUGUCACGCCGUACUGUGGCGGGACGAGCCUGGAAGGGCAUUUUACACCCACAAGAGGCGGCGUGUGCAUUGAUUUUCGUCGCAUGAACAGUAUUCUAGAUCUCCACAAACGGGACUUGGACGUUGUGGUUCAGCCUGCCAUCGGUUGGGAAGAACUAAAUGAGAAGUUGUCCGAGGAUGGCUUGUUUUUCCCACCGGACCCCGGCCCUGGUGCUAUGAUCGGCGGCAUGGUCGGUACAGGCUGUUCGGGAACGAAUGCUUAUAGGUAUGGGACCAUGCGCGAGUGGGUACUUUCCUUGACCGUCGUCCUUGCCGAUGGAACAAUAAUCAAAACGAGGCAACGUCCGCGGAAGUCAAGCGCUGGGUAUGAUCUUACUCGGCUCUUCAUUGGCAGCGAAGGCACCCUUGGGCUUGUGACGGAAGCAACGCUCAAAUUGACGGUUAAGCCUAAAAGUCAAAAUGUCGCCGUGGCAAGCUUUCCUACAAUACAAGAUGCAGCGGAAUGUGUCACUCGUGUAGUAGAAGAAGGCAUUCCCGUGGCCGGACUGGAAAUCUUGGAUGACGUCCAGAUGAAAUGCAUUAAUUCCAGUCAGACGACCAGCCGACAGUGGAAGGAGUCGCCUACGCUCUUCUUUAAAUUCGCAGGAACACCCCUGGGCGUCAAAGAACAGAUAGGUCUCGUGCAAAAGAUUGUCUUAUCCACAGCAGGAAAAUCCUUUGAGUUUGCUCGCGGUGAUGCGGAAAUGCAGGAGCUAUGGAGCGCCCGCAAGCAGGCUUUGUGGAGUGUCAUGGCUAUGCGUAGAAGCCCAGAAGACCAUGUUUGGACGACGGAUGUGGCAGUGCCUAUGAGCAAACUGCCCGAAAUCAUUGAGGCUACGAAACAGGAUAUGACUGACAGUGGCCUCCUGGCUGGUAUAUGUGGCCACGUUGGAGAUGGCAAUUUUCAUGCGAUCAUCCUUUUCAAUGAUGAUGAGAAAAGAACGGCGGAGGCUGUGGUUCACCGCAUGGUGAAACGAGCUGUGCAGCUGGAAGGUACAGUGACAGGAGAACAUGGCGUGGGUCUCGUCAAGCGGGAUUAUCUCGAGCAUGAACUAGGAGAAUCCACCGUGGACGCAAUGCGUCGGCUGAAAUUUGCCUUCGACCCUCUUUGCCUGCUUAACUCCGAUAAGGUGGUUCGAGUGGAGCCGCCGACAGGCGGAGAGAUCAAGAACUGGUGACGAGAAGGAUGCUUUUCUACCUGGUGAAGAAAUUGAUCCUGAAACUAGGUAUCGUCAUAUGUGACUUGAAGGAUCGGAGGGUUGUCUUGAGUCAAAGGCAUUUGCCUCAGCAUCCUUAGCCCCCAUGUCCCCACCGCGACCUGAGGAAGAUGAAGUCUUGACAUGUAGGUACACUCAUGAUCCUUCCUAUCGACCUUCUAUGACCUUCAGGUGGGCACUGGUCUAUUCAUCUUGCACCGCCAUAUUGCUCCAUUCUUUCCUGUCAUAGGGUCGCCAAUGAAGUCGCGGCGUAUGCUUGGUCAUGUAAUGGCUUCUCCUGCAGCAUAUACUUUCUUGACAUUGAGCUGGCAUGGGCCAUAUUAUGACUCAUGUGUCUGUACUCUUUUAUUAUCGAGCUAGUGUUCCUGAAUCCGGUGCCAGGGAGCCCAGUCUUUUGUUGUCGAGUGGUCUACUCAGUCAAGAGAUCCGCAUCUGAUGUUACGCUCCGUUG